AUGGCCAACCCAUAUUUCGAUAUUGAAUACACUUCGGCCGGCGGCCAGGUGGAAAACUGGGGUCGCAUCGAGUUCAAACUUUAUGACGACGUCGUUCCCAAGACUGCGAGAAACUUCCGCACCCUCGCGACGGGUGAAAUGGGCUUCGGCUAUGCAGGCUCAGCAUUCCACCGUGUGAUUGCCAGGUUCAUGGCCCAGGGUGGUGAUUUUACUCGUGGGAAUGGAACGGGUGGCAAGUCGAUCUACGGCGAGAAGUUUGCGGAUGAGAACUUCCAGGUCAAGCACACCAAAGGCGGCCUACUAUCCAUGGCAAAUGCUGGACCCAACACCAACGGUUCUCAGUUCUUCAUUACCUUCACGGCAACCCCCCAUUUGGAUGGCGCUCACGUUGUCUUUGGAGAGGUUGUCUCCGGUCAGGAUAUUCUCCAGAAGAUGGAGAGCAAGAGCUUGGAUAGCUCUGGAAGGACUGACGGUACCAUUAAGAUUGCUUCUUCAGGAAUCGUCUAA